AUGCUGAUAGCGGUCGUCAUCGCACACUCGCCAUUCUUCUCCUGUCUCAGUAGCCCGUAUCAUCUGAUAGGCUACAGCAUUGGCUGUGCCUACUCUAUAAUGUGGUUGGUAAUCAAAUUGGUGCAGUUCUUUUCACUGGAAGCAUGUUCACCACAGGCCGCUUACGUGGGCAUGCUUGACGGAGUCGUCAUCGCAGGGUAUAGCUUCAUAUUUAUACGCUUCCUGGUACUUCUUUUCUUGGAAAUAAAAGAAGGCAACCGAGACCUACUAGAAAGAGACAAGUCGGCGGAAACGAUGAUCACUUCGGACCACCACGCUCUCUACGUGCGGGCGCUGUUACUGAAACGCAAACUACCUACAGAUACCUCGACGGGCCCCGAUCGUUUCUGGUUGGAGAUGUACAAAAACAUCUACCUGUACCGCAGUCAUCCAGGCUUCAAGUAUUCAACUCGAAUGAUAGCGUCGAUGCUGCUGGCUUUCCUCAUCGUCUAUUGGACGUCCAUCUUGGUUUUCUUUGGCGCAAGGACAGUAACGGAGAACAUAGAGGAUUCUGAUAUGAAGUCAGCAGUAAAAAUAUGCUGGUACAUUUCCGCUGUGCUUGCCACCCUCAUCAUCUCUUACAGCAUCAUGGCCACUGUCGCAUUCUACCGACGCGAUUUGCUCAACGCUUUUAGAGGCAACUGGGAUUUUCUACCAAGGUACUAUGAUCCUCAGGCUCACCAUCUUUUGGCACGAGCAUCCAGGUUUCCAGGCUACCAGGCAGCAUACUUAAUCAUUGGUAAAUGUACUUUCACACCGUCAACAAUUCGCAUGUCAUCUAUGACACCGCAACUCCCAAUAACCAGGUAUGAGAAGGCUCAGAAAGGUUGCUGUUGUUAA